AUGUCUUUGCGUGAGUGGGGUAUUGAUGGCAUAUUCACUUUGACAGUGGAUAAUGCUAGUUCCAAUUUAACCACAAUUAAAUUUUUACAAAGGGUAACAAAACAUUGGAAUGGGACAGUUUUAGGAAAUGAGUUAAUGCACAUGAGAUGUUGUGCCCAUAUCCUAAAUCUCAUUGUUGGGGAGGGUUUGAAAGAAAUUGAUGCAUCUGUUGCUAGGGUGCGUAAAGCUGUGAGGUAUGUGAAGUCCUCAUCCAAUAGAAAUCAAACCUUUAGGAAUUUUAUGGAGAGGUUAGGUAUGGAGUCCAAGAGUCUUCUUUAUUUAGAUGUACCUACUAGGUGGAACUCAACUUACCUUAUAUUAGAAAUUGCUGAAAAAUUCGAGAAAGUAUUCCUUAGGAUGGACUUUGAAGAUAAUGGUUAUUCAUCAUAUUUUAGGAGUAAGGAAGAUAGUGGUGGUUUGGGAUCUUCUUGUAUGAGUGAUUUCCAAAAUUGUAGGGCAUUUGUGACUUUCUUGAGGCUUUUUUACAAUGCAACAAAGAAGUUCUCUGGCUCUUUGUAUGUGACCUCAAAUGCCUUUUUUGAUGAGAUCUUUGUUAUUCAGGAGAGUAUUUCUCAUUUAAUUAAAUCCCAAAAUACCCUCUUGAAAAACACAGCCACAAACAUGCAAACUAAAUUUGAGAAGUACUGGGGGGAAGGUGAUAAAAUUAAUCUUCUUUUGUAUGUGGCUGUUGUUUUUGAUCCACGAAAAAAAUUGAGGUUUUUGAAGUUCUUUUUUUCUGAAAUUUAUGGGAAUGAAGUGGGGAAUGUGAUGGUUGAUAAGGUGAAAGCUCUUUUGAUGAAGUUGUAUACUUUUUUCUGUUUUGUUAAUUCCCCAAAUGUGCAAGAACCAAGUGGGGGUGAGAGGACACCAAUGGUAGGUGAUGCAAGUGAUCCAUAUGUAAUGGUUCACUCUCGAUAUGAGCUUUUCUUAGAAGCUGAGCAAUCUAUAGGUUGUAAUAAUGAGGUUGACAAGUAUUUAGUUGAAAAUUGUGAUGGUAGAAGGGAUGUGAAUUUUGAGGUGUUGGGGUGGUGGAAGGACAAUUCUAAUAGGUACCCAAUGUUGUCCAAAGUGGCUAAGGAUGUGCUGGCUGUACCAGUUUCGACUGUUGCAUCUGAGUUAGUAUUCAGCACCGGAGGCCGCAUUGUUGAUCCAUUUCGAAGUUCUCUCUCUCCUCUCAUGGUUCAAAACCUUGUAUGUGCACAAAAUUGGCUUCAAGCCACAGUACCAAUUUCUCAUCGCCAAUCAAGGGAUGAGGUUGAGGCAUUAGAGGAGGAAUUUCAUGAUUUAAGUAAUAUGUUUAAAUUCUAG